AUGCUCAUGCCUCCGCCUCCCUACCCGCCGCUGCUGCCGCACCUUCUCCGCGACCUCCGCGGCCGCACGCUCACCACCCAGCUCCUCGACCCCCUCAUCCGGUCCGCCUCGUCCUCGACGUCCCCCUCCCUCUCCUUCUCCCUCUUCAUCCUCCUCCUCCGCUCCUCCCUGCGCCCGUCCCACUUCACCUUCCCAUUCCUUGCCCGCGCCGCCGCGCGCCUGUCCUCCGCCUCCCUCGCGGCUGCGCUCCACGCGCACCCGCUCCGGUUUGGCCUCCUCCCUGCCGACCUCCACGUCGCCAACUCCCUCGUCCACAUGUACGCGGCAUGCACCCUGGCAGACCACGCCCACCGGGUGUUCGACGAAAUCCCGCGCCCCAACCUCGUCUCCUGGAACGCUCUCCUCGAUGGGUACGCCAAGUGCCGGGACCUUCUCGCCGCGCGGCAGGUGUUCGCUCGGAUGCCCCAGCGGGACGUGGUGUCCUGGAGCGCCAUGAUCGACGGGUGCGUAAAGUGUGGAGAGCACCGUGAGGCGCUUGCGCUGUUUGAGAUGAUGGAGAACACUGCCGCCAGGUCAGUGGAGGAUGGUGGGGGUGGGGCGAGGGCGAAUGACGUCACGAUGGUGAGCGUGCUUGGAGCCUGUGCGAACCUUGGGGACCUUGAGCGUGGGAGGCGGGUGCACCGGUGCCUCAGGGAGCGUGGCUUCCCAUUAAACCUCAAGCUUGCGACCUCGCUCGUUGACAUGUAUGCCAAGUGCGGGGCCAUCUGUGAGGCGCUGGAGGUGUUCUGGACUGUGCCGGUGGAGAGCACUGAUGUUCUGAUAUGGAAUGCUGUGAUUGGUGGCCUUGCGGUGCAUGGCAUGGCCACCGAAUCGGUGGAGAUAUUCCAGAAGAUGCGGCGUGCUGGGGUUGCACCGGAUGAGAUCACGUACCUUUGUCUGUUGAGUGCUUGUGUCCAUGGCGGUCUAGUGGAUGAGGCUUGGGAGUUCUUCCGCUCGCUUGAAGCGCAAGGGCUCAGACCACAUGUUGAGCAUUACGCUUGCCUGGUAGAUGUGCUUGGCCGUGCUGGGCACUUGGAGGAAGUGUAUGGUGUUGUUAAAAGUAUGCCGAUGAAGCCCAGUGUUUCUGUGCUUGGUGCUCUCUUGAAUGCCUGUCAUUUGCAUGGAUGGGUGGAGCUGGGGGAGGUAGUCGGUAGGCAGCUUGUCCAGUUGCAGCCAGACCAUGAUGGCAGGUACAUUGGCCUGUCCAAUAUCUAUGCUGUUGCCAGACGGUGGCAAGAGGCGAAGAAAGCUAGAAAGGUAAUGGAGGAUAGGGGUGUAAAAAAGGUCCCAGGAUUUAGUGAGAUUGAUGUUGGUGGAGGGCUCUCCAGGUUCACUGCCCAGGACAAGACUCAUUCUGGCUCAGCGGAGAUCUAUGACUUGCUGAAUCUAAUAGCAAUGGAGAUGAAAAUGAAGGAUGAUGCUACUAUUCCAGAUUACCUCUGUGCACACUGCUAG